AUGGAAGCACUGACAAACUUGAAAGUCAAGCAGCGUCCACAGGACAACUUCUUUCUAGGCCUACUUGUCAAAGACACCUUUGCCCAGCGAUUUCUCGGGCCGUCAGCGAAUGAACGUAAAGUUCUAGAAUUGAGGAGCAGAGCCUGCCGUUUUCUCAAUUGUGGAGACAGAAUCUGCUUUCUGUCCAUACGUCCUCGAGAGGGACGCUUCAUCCUGGGCAUUUUGGAGUACCGUCAAUGCAUCACAAUCCCUUUGGGUCAGAUGUCGCGAUACCGUGAUCUCCACCGUCUUUCCGAACAAGAGGCUGCAGAGUUUGAAAAAGACUGGGAAGGUAGAAAUGGCGCGGACAGUCAAGUCUAUGGAUGGGAGUUUCAGCUCGUGACUUCUUUUGAUCCACCACCACGCUUGGAAUUUGUGAAAUGUGAAGUCUGGUGUUGGUUUCCCUCCUUCCUGGUCCGUGAAACGACCGCGGGUGCCACAAAAGAGGAGGAGCAGAGGCUCGUGGGCAUCGCUCGAAAAUCUUCCGCGUGCAGUCUCCCAGAACCUUCCCCAAAAUUCCGCAGAAUGCAGAGCGGGAAUGGAUCAGAAGGUUCCAAGACAAUCGAAGAUUCUCAGUCUCCUUCGGUCCAGGAGUCGCCUUUGAAGCAGGAUGUGGCUUGCACUUGCCUUCUGGUAUCAGCAACGGAAUGGAAUGCUCUCACCGGAGGUGUAUGUGAUGCCCUGCUUCGUCCCAGAUCCACCACGUCGUUCGGGACCGACCUCCAUGUGCUGGUCCAGACUUCAGAGGGCCAUCGCGUUUCCGGGACAAUGUGUGUAGGUGCCACCAUUCAAGUUUCUUGGGAGGAUGAAUCAACAAAGGACCUCUGCCAGACCGUUUACAGCAAAGAGCAAGUAACAAACAUGAAGGCUGCAAAAGAGGUUUGGAGGUGGGAGAUUCAAGAGAUCAGCAUGUUCGACACUCCCCACAUGGCAAAGUUUGUUGAUGUUGCACCAAGACACAGGCAUCAAGUCUUUACAGCCAAAAUUCAAGACCUUCGGCCAGUCCCUGCUGCUGUGCCGAUGCGCUUGGAUUUGACAGAAACGGCCCAGUACUUCAGCCACUUGAUGAAGCCUGCCGACAAGAUUGCUCUCCAGAGAACCUUCAAAAAUCUUUGCAAGUCACGCGGUGGCAACGGGGUGAUCCGCGUCGGAACCACAUGCUCCGGCACUGACGUAUGCAUCACUGUCCUGAAGCAAACAGUGGAGUAUUUGAACAAGACCGAGGAAACGGAUAUCCGAAUUGACCACGUCUUUUCAUGCGAACUGAAUGACCAGAAGCGAGGCUUUCUCUUGGCAGAACACAAACCCAGACACUGUUUUGGAGACGUGAAAGUAUUCAAGGAGCACGGCGGCCAUGAUUACGUCACCGGGACGUACGUUGAAAUCAACGAGGAGUCCUGCGGCAUCGAUUUGCUGCUGUCAGGGCCGGUUUGCACGCAGCUUUCCAGGCUCAACGGCCAACGAAAGGAUGCCGCUGGAUGUUACGAUGCUCAGGAGGAGGAAAUUGCAGGAGUGUCAGGAGAGACGUAUCACUUUGGUUUCAAGAAGGUGGUGGAAAUUUUGCACCCUGCUCUGGCCUUCUAUGAAAAUGUGAAAGCAGUGACAGAGAAGACUGUUGACAACUUUGGAAAGGAGCAGCCGCCUGGUGUCAAGGUGUACACAAUUCUGGACUCAAGGAACUACUGUCUGCCUCAGCGGCGCAACAGAGUGUGGGGCAUUGCUUCUCUCAAUGAUGGUCGGGUGAGCGAGAAGGAGAAGGCCCACUGCUUUUCUGCUUGUCUAGAGAGUCUCAGGAGCAAUUUCCAGUUUGACUUGCGUACGAACUUCCCAGAUAGGAGAAAGGAACAAGUGAAACCUGGACGCCACACUGACUUGGUCAGCGCUGCGAUGAAAGAUGCGUUUGGAGACCUUGGCAUGUUUGUUGAUUGCAGUUCAAAUGGCCCGAGUCGUUUGAUCGCAGCGCAGGGCGUGGUUCCAUGUAUAACCAGGUCUCACCCUGUCUAUUCAGUGGAGCUAGGACGCUACCUGGGGCCCCAGGACUUUCUCAAUGCCCAAGGACUUUGGAGCUCGGCUUUUACAGACUCUGUGUACACAAGCAUUUUGGCAGAUAAGAACAUGGCCCAAUCAUUUGCGGGCAACAGUUUCAGCACCACGGUGGUGCAGGCUGUAUUUCUCACCUCCUUGACCAUGUUUGAAAGCUCUUGGCAAACCUUGUGCCCAAGGGGGGCAUCCUCAUGCAAUCAACUCGCUGUGCCCCCGCCAGCCCGGCUGGCCAGAAUCGGAAAAAAAAGGAAGGCGCCAGAAUAUGACCAUUUGAUACCCGUCCCCAAGAAAAGCGUGAAGCCAUCACAGCGCCUCCGUCAACACAAGCGGAAGGUGCCAGGCCAGGAUUUGCGGAAGUGCAGCACUGGGAAGAAGCCAGUGGCGAGCCUCUGGGAGAAGGAAAACCUGUCCUGCCCUCAGCUGGUCCCCAUUGCACUUAAAAUGAUGGCUGCCUACGACAAGGCCGUCGAGGAUGGUGAGAAGCAUCCUGCCAAGAAGGUGUCUCGUAUGAAAGGGUUCUACAGGUGCUGCAUUUACAAGUGGAAGAAAUCAAGGGAACGGGAGAAAUGGACCCUGCUGUGUCGCGCGUGCCCGCGCAUAGCCAAAAAGCAUCGAGAACUUCCGGAUGUGAUGAGGGAUUUCAUGGGCGGCUGCAAGAAGUUCAAGAGCAGAGCCCCGGACAAAACGGACACGGAGUGGACGCAAAUCCUCCCGCCAGAGUUGACAGCACUGAUUUCUGAAGCAGUUGUGGAGCGCAUCGAGACAGGGGAGGAACUGGACUACAGUUACGUCGCCUCUGCUUUGUCGGUGGGCAUUGACCUUUGGAAUCACGCACUCACAGCUCUGACGACGUCCCUUGAUGUCGGUGGCGAGCGGUUCCAGGAGAGAGUUCUGAAGGAGCUGAAUGAUGAUUUCCCAGAGGCGGAAUCCGAAUCAGAGAUUAAGAAGGCCUUGGAGAAUAUCACAGCUAGGCUGCGCUCUUUGAAAAAGGUCAAGCUGACUAGCAAGGAUGGUCUUUUUUUGAAACAAGCGGCUCGCUUGUGCAAGGCAUGCGGGAUCGCCCCUUCAGACAACAAUAAACCUGGCAAGCACCUACCAUAUGAACAUGUGGCAAUGAGAAAAGUACGCGACUGGGUUCGGUAUCAGUGUGAGUCAGGGAAGAUCCAUGAGCAGAUGGUCGGAAACUUCGACCAAACCUGGACGUUGAGCUUUACCCCUCGACGCAGGUCCCUCCAAGUGAAGCCUUUUUGCAGCAUAAAAUCUCCUCACAUGAGACGUUUGAGACACAACAUCGAACGAUGCUUGGGGUUGCCAUUGACCGAAGCCAUGGGAAGCGAUUCUGUGAUGGAAGUACAGCCAGCAGCCAUUAGCGGCGGUUGUGUCGCCCAUGCUCCAGUUGACAUGUACCGGAUCCCUCAUACUUGCACGACCCUUUCGUGGAAUGAUGGUGACCUGGGCCGGCUUUACAUCACAUGCAGGAAUGAUCACCUGAGUGAGGCUCAGAGGAUGCAGCUGAACAAGGACCACUGCGUGUGGGGCAAGCUUUUGGCCCUACCCAUCAAAAAAGUAUGA